GCAAGCGCGGCCGCUCCCGAGCCCUGCGAGGCAGUGGUGUUGCUUGGCCUGUGUCGCCAGGCCCGGGCUGCCCCCAGCCCUUCGCCACCUGCCGGCCGCGCCCGCGAUGGACGACUACGCGGUCCUGUCGGACACCGAGCUGGCCGCCGUGCUGCGCCAGUACAACAUUCCGCACGGGCCAGUCGUGGGCUCCACUCGCAAGCUCUACGAAAAGAAAAUCUUCGAGUACGAAACCCAGAGGCGGAGGCUCUCCCCACCCAACUCGUCUGCUUCCUCGUUCUCCUAUCGGUUCUCGGACUUGGACUCGGCAUCUGUGGACUCGGAUAAGUACGACCUGCCCAAGAAAGAGGACGCCUUACUUUACCAGAGCAAGGGCUAUAAUGAUGACUACUAUGAGGAGAGUUACUUGAGCACCAGGACUUACGGGGAGCCCGAGUCUGUGGGCACAUCCAAAGGCUUCCGGCAACCCGGGACUUCACUUUCUGAUGCUGACACCUCCCACCACCAGGUGCGCAGUGACAAUCUUUUCUCUUCUGAAGAGGAGGGCAAGGACAGGGAACGCUCCACAUAUGGCCGUGACAGUGCCUACCAGAGCAUCGCACACUACCGCCCUGUUUCCAACGUCUCCAGGAGUUCCUUGGGCCUGUCCUAUUACCCUGCAUCCUCCUCUUCUGUGGCCUCUUCGCCUUCUCCAUCAUGGCUCGCCCGCCGUGCCAUCCGACCAGAGAAGCAGGCCCCUGCAGCUGGUCUGGGUCAGGACCGCCAGGUCCCACUCUGGGGCCAGCUGCUGCUUUUCCUGGUCUUUGCUGCCUUCCUGCUCUUUGUUUACUAUUCCAUGCAGGCAGAGGAAGGCAACCCCUUCUGGAUGGAUCCCUGAGGGUCUUGAUUUGAGAGCCAGCUCUUCGAAGUCCUGGCUGUCUGCCUUAGUGCAGUGUGUGCUGGGGGUGGGGGUGGGGGCUUUUCUGUGUGUUCUAGCUUUGGGGGCUGGGCCUAUCCCUGAGCAGUGCUUGCUCCCCCUGCCUGGUCCCACCAGGGAGGCAGCAGACUCGGGCCCUUCAUGUUAUGGUAGGCCUGGGUGUGCCUUCCUCUGGAGCCUCCUGGCCCUGCUUGCCUCUGACCCUUAGGGCCUGGGAGGGCAAGACUUCACUCCUUCAGAGAUGUUGUCAUGUUCUCAUGCAUGCCUCCUGUUCGUUGUCACCUUUUUGAGGUUAACCAAGGGCCACCUCGACUUUGUUUUCGUGGACGCAAUAAAGACCGUUUAUUUUUAA